ACCGUUGAAUUGUCUGCACAACUCAAGAGAGAUCUCCCUCGACAACCAGUAGGCCGUUUCCCAUUGCUUACUAGAAGCUAGCUGGUAAAAUAAAAAAAAGAUAAACUUUGAACAUAUUUUAGUGACUGAACCACAGCUGCAGCGAGACUAUCAGAAAGGCUUGAACCGAACAUCUGUGAACCAGGACAGCAGACAGUCAAGCAGCUCCGUGACAAGAGACCAUACACAUUUCAAAACAGAUUUAUAUGGAGACUAUUUGGAACAGCAAACCAGAGGACCUGGAGGAUUACUACGGGUUGUUAGGAUGUGAUGAAUUGUCGUCGACUGAACAGAUUAACAAUGAAUACAAGAUCCGAGCUUUGGCAUGUCAUCCUGACAAACACCUAAACAAUCCCAGAGCAGUGGCAGAUUUCCAAAAGCUGCAGGAAGCCAAAGAGGUUUUAUGCAAUGAAACCAAAAGAAAAAACUAUGACCUUUGGAGAAGAAGUGGAGUUACUAUUUCUUUUCAUGACUGGCAAGCCUUGAAUGACUCUGUUAAAACUUCAAUGCACUGGGCUGUGAGAAGUAAGAAGGAACCAAUGUUGGAGGCCUCAAAUGCAGGAAUCCCUGUCACUUCCCAAGCAGAGGACCUUCAGUCUGACCAACAAGCUCCAUAUGAUGCCGUGCCCUCUGCAAGUGAUUACUGCCAUCGGCGUUUCCGUUGGGAGGCUGACUCCCCAUCUAGUCUGCUGCAGAAGUUUAGAAAUUAUGACAUAUAAACAAGCUGUUUAAUUUAGUUUAAAUGUUUGUUUUGUAUCUUGUUGUCCUUAGUUUGGGUCCUGUUAAUUGUAUUCAUUUUGUGAAUAUGGUCUGUAACUCACUAAACCAUAAAUGUGUCAGCAUAUGACAUUAUGUUAAUAAUUUAUUUUGUCAUUAGUUUUGCUCAUUUGUUAAUUAUAUCAACACACACAAUGUAGAUAUGACUGGAUUAUACUGGAGCACCCUUAACUCAGUUAUGUGCAUUUUUGUGUUGCUUUCAAGUCCAUCAUUUUGGGAACAUAAAACGGAAGCAUCUCA